GAGAGAGAGAGCGAGAGAGAGAGAGGAGAUAGAGAGAGAGAGAGAGACAUCAAGCUGUUGAUUUAUGGAAGCAGUUGAAGACAUAGUGAUUGUCGGUGCUGGCAUAGCAGGCCUCACUACAGCUUUAGGACUUCACAGGCGUGGCAUUAGAAGCUUGGUUCUGGAGUCGUCUGAUGGGUUGAGAGCCACCGGGUUCGCCUUUACAACAUGGACAAAUGCUUGGCGGGCCUUGGACGCGGUCGGGAUCGGCGAACCACUCCGUCCACAGCACUGCCAACUUUUUGGGUUGCAGACCACUUCCACAAUUUCUGGACUUUCUACAGCUGACAGAAAUUUUGAUGCCACUGAGACACAACGAGGCCAUGAAAUUCGUUGCGUGCAGAGGAGAACCUUGUUGGAAACUCUUGCGAAUGAGCUUCCUAGCGGCACUAUAAGGUAUUCGUCCAAGGUUGUGUCGAUCGAGGAAUCGGGCUACCUUAAGCUGGUCCAUCUUUCUGAUGGGUCAAUUCUCAAGGCGAAGGUGUUAAUUGGGUGUGAUGGAGUGAACUCCGCAGUGGCAACAUGGCUAGGCUUCAAAAAACCUGCUUUCGUUGGCCGAUCUGCCAUUAGGGGCUGUGUGUUUUACGAGCACGGUCAUGGUUUCGAGCCUAAAUUCUUCCAAUACUUUGGUGAAGGAGUUAGAUCUGGUGUCAUCCCUUGCGAUGACAAGUCUAUUUACUGGUUCUUCACUUUUUCUUCUUCCCGCAAGAAUGAAGAGAUGGAAGAGAGUCCGGCCAAGAUGAAGCAAUUUGUGCUGGGCAAGCUCGGAAAAAUACCCGACAACGUGAGAGCUGUUUUCGAGAAAACAGAACUGGAUAACAUUAUACUGUCACCGCUGAGAUUUCGACCCCCAUGGGAGAUUCUGUGGGGGAACAUAAGCAAAACUAAUGUCUGUGUAGCCGGAGACGCAUUCCACCCCAUGACGCCAGAUCUUGGCCAGGGAGGCUGUGCGGCUCUAGAAGAUGGCGUCGUCCUAGCAAGAUGCCUCGGUGAAACCUUGAGGGAGAAGCAAGGCAUGGGCAGUGAAGAAGAGUACAAGAGGAUUGAGAUGGGCUUGCAGAGUUAUGCCAAAGAGAGAAGACGGAGAGCAUUUGAGCUCAUAAGCACAGCUUACAUGGUGGGAUACAUCCAACAGAGCAAUGGCAGGGUAUUGAACUUCUUGAGGGACAGAGUGCUGCCCAGCUUCUUGGCCGGGCAGCUGCUGAAGAUGACGAGUUACGAUUGCGGGAAGCUGAGCGCUUCUUGAAUUACCCUAUUUGUUUACUUAUCAAUGUGUUUUGUGCGAGCAUUUAUAUGGGCCGUUCUCAUCAUACAUCAUAUACACAACACUAAUAAGGGAGAUAGGUAUGUUAAGUCGUGAUCGGUUUGCUUUGCCUCUCAAAUAUCAGAGAAAGGGUUCCUGUCUAUGCAGAGACAGGUUUGUGAAGUGAAGGACAAAAAGUCCCAUAAGGGCAUUUUUAUGUAUGAUUUCAGGAAUGUCAAGGAGGAGUCUUGUUCACAUAAAUAUCACCAUUUAUAACUCAA